CACCUUGGGGCCCUGCCCCCGCUCCUUCAGCUCUCCCUUUCUUCCCUUCCCUUUCUCUCUCACAGGAUCUCUUGUUUUUCUUUUUCUUCCAUUCAUGACCUCAGCAUUGAGUCUACAAGACAACUUCUUUGUAAGCAGCUGUCUGAUAAGGAAUAGCCUAGACAAACACAUUUAGCAGCGUGUUUCAUUUUAGGGGUGGGUUUCCGAUAAUUCCUUUUCAUGACAAAAAAAAAAUCUGAGGCUGUUCUCUUGUUCUCCUGUCCUGUCUGUCCCGCAUUUGCAAUCCUGCGCCUUGCAGAACGAAUCCUCUGGACUGGUGCCUUCCUAUUGAGACGCAAGAAGCAUAGACCCAAGGCUGCUUCCGAGCGCAGCGGCACCCGCUUCUAUAUCAUUAAAACAAACAAAACAGAAAGAUUUGUAUUUUUUUUUAAUCCAGAAACACUUAACAUUGUCUUUUAAACCCGGGGUUUACAAAUUCUGGAGGAUUUUGCCGAGAAGUUGCAUGUGCAGGAGUGAUAGGGAAGUACUCGAUCGGGACAGAAGGAAUGGGAUACCCGGGCAGAGAAGUGAGAGGAUGGAGAGGAUGGACGCUCCUGAUUUGGGUCGGCGUUGUCGGCUUGGUUUUAGCAGACGGGCGGAGAGUGAGGCAGCCCAGAUGCCCCGCUGGAUGCACCUGCACCAAAGAUAAUGCCCUGUGUGAGAAUGUCCGAUCCGUGCCUCACACUUUCCCAUCCGACGUCGUUUCACUAUCUUUUGUCAAGUCUGGAUUUAAUGAAAUCACAGGAGGAAGCUUUGUUCACACGCCUGCCCUGCAACUACUAUUGUUCACAGCAAAUUCAUUUGACCUAAUUGAUGAGGACGCGUUCCUGGGUUUACCCCAUCUUGAAUACCUAUUUAUUGAAAAUAACAAAAUUGCAUCGAUAUCCCCAUAUGCUUUCCGGGGCCUGAAAGCACUGAUACAUCUGAGUCUGGCUUACAACAACCUUGAGACGCUGCCCAAAGAUGUAUUCAAGGGCAUGGACGCACUGACCAAAGUGGAUCUACGGGGCAACAACCUGAUAUGCGACUGCAAGCUCAAGUGGUUGGUGGAGUGGAUGCAUCACACUAAUGCCACCCUGGACGAGAUCUACUGCAGCGGGCCACCCAUUCACCAGGGCAGGAAGCUCAAUGACCUGCUGCCACACUCUUUUGACUGCAUCACAGCGGAGUUUGCCUCAUAUCAGUCGCUGAAGUUUGAGUCUAUUUCGGUGGAGGCCUUCACCUUUGGUAAAGACCAGUAUGUUGUGUUUGCCCAACCGUUUGCUGGGACGUGCAGCUUCCUGGAAUGGGAUCAUGUUGAGAUGACCUUCAGAACCUAUGACACCAUUGAAAGCACCUCCACUGUGGUCUGCAAGCCCAUGGUGAUUGACAACCACCUCUUUGUCAUUGUGGCCCAGUUGUUUGGGGGCUCGCACAUUUACAAACGUGACACCUCUGCCAACAAGUUCAUCAAGAUCCAGGACAUUGACAUCCUGAAGAUUCGCAAACCUAACGACAUCGAGACGUUCAUGAUUGACGGAGAGUCGUUCUUCGUCAUCGCUGACAGCUCAAAGGCCGGCUCCACCACCGUGUACAAAUGGAACGGCAAUGGCUUCUACUCCCACCAGUCACUCCACCCGUGGUACCGCGACACAGAUGUCGAAUAUUUGGAGAUCUCCAACAAACCCCACCUGAUCUUGUCCAGCAGCUCCCAGAGGCCUGUUGUCUACCAGUGGAACCGGAGCAAGAAACAGUUUGACCGCAGGACUGACAUACCGGAUAUGGAGGACGUCUUCUCCGUCAAACACUUUCGUGUCAGAGGUGAGCUGUUUAUAUGCCUGACAAGAUUCAUCGGGGACUCCAAGGUGAUGCGCUGGGAUGGCGCCAUGUUCAAGGAGGUCCAGACAUUUCCUUCCCGUGGCUCUAUGGUGUUCCAGCCUGUCUCCAUUGGCAACUGGCAGUAUGCCAUUUUGGGCAGCGAUUAUUCACUGACACAGGUCUACCAAUGGGACACCAAUAGGGGCCAGUUUGUCCCAUCUCAGGAGCUGAAUGUCCAGGCACCUCGUUCAUUUUCUCCAGUUUCCAUUGACGACCGGGUGUUCCUGCUCGCAUCCAGCUUCAAGGGGAAAACUCAGAUAUACGAGCACCUCAUGAUCGAUUUGAGUAAUUAAACCCCUCGACAGUUUGGGACAAAUUAUCUACACUACCAUUCAAAUACUUUCUUCUGUGAUAACUUGUCAGUCUCAUUAGAAUCCACCAGCAAUCUCCAGCUACGUUUGAACAAAAGGAAGUUUCAAGCAGAAGGUCAAAUUAUCUAAAGAGAUGUUUCAAAUACAAUCCAGGACCUUUAGGUUAGGUUAGGUUAGGUCAAGUCAGGUCAGGUUAGGCUAGGUUAGGUUGAGAUUAAGUGGUUGAAAUUCUUACACUGGUUAUGAUCACUGAGUUUGACAAUAUAUUCUACACGGCCCCUGAUACCUAUGUUUGGCAACCUGCUUUAACUACUUAAUUCUGAUAAACCCUUUGUAUUUUCAUAUUGAUUCCUUAGGGAAUGCCUUAUUCUCCAUUUAAAAAAAGAGCUUAAAUACACUCAAUGUGCGAACUGACUAUCUUUCAGGAAAAACAAGCUAUCAAAUCACUGCUUCUGUCUGCAGGUGUACUGGCAGGAUUAAACUCCAUACUGUGUUUUUUGUUUCUAUCGUAGGAAUUUGAUUUUUAAAGAUUCAGGAGUUUGGUCGUGCUUAUGACUUAUACAAUGAUAGGUAAAUAGGGAAGUAUUCUUGAGGGGCAGGGGCAAAAUGUGUUCAGACUGAAGCGUAGUUUUCUAGAAAAACUACAGGGACAAGAGACAUUGUCUUCACUUUAUCUUUAAUUAAACAAAGCACUCUGAAGUCAGAGAAUUGACUUCAGAGCAGAAUAUAAUUACAAGACAUUAUUUAAAGUGGAAUCUAAUCCAAGUUUAUGACAGUGCAACAGCCGCAACACCAUAGUUUGCAACGUUAGGGGUAGUUUGUUGCUAUAAGACUGGAGCUGGAAAAUAAGACUAGCUUCCAACCAAAUGCGGGUAAAAUGACUACUAAUUGCUUAGAGUUGAGUCCAUUCUACUUGUUUUCCAUCAGUCUAUUGUAGCUACUUUACACUGACCAUAAUAUAUGAAAUGAAGGAUACACUAAACACUGUGAGAAACUGAGGUUUUAAAAAAAAAAAAACCCAUCUCCAUCCUGUCUACUCUAUGGCCAUCAGUUAAGCAAGACUGUACGUAUGAUACAGACACUCAUAGUGUCGAUCCCUGAUGAAUGACUCGCUAGAAGCAUCCCACUGUGCCACCUGGCCCUCCCUCUUUCACUGCACUCUUGCCCCUUUUCUCCCUCAUUGACAAAACCAUUGUUGUCUUUACUCCGCAACUAAAAAGCCAACCACUGUGCAGCACCUAGUACCUGUGCUUUCACACGGUCCUCUUAUUCUGACACAAAGGAGCCAGAAGUCAGAUAACAAUUAACCACUUCACUGACAACUAUUUGCCAAAUAUAAUGUUUACGUUUUUACAACGCUGUGUAAAGUAAUUUAUAUGAUAUCGCUUUUUUACGUAGAGGGGGACCACACUCAGUGUUUUAUUUUUCAUAGAUAUAGAAUUUAAUGUAGAUAUAAAAAAAACAAAAACAAGGACGACUUCCUUUAAUGCUGUGUGACAGAUGCUUCAGCAAAACAGUAUAGGCUUACUUGUGUCAGUCUCGUCUAGUUAGGUAAGGAUCGAGGAUUUUAGCAAUUCCUUUGUCAUCUUGCUCAUUGUGUUUUAUGGACAGUAUUAAUAAAAUACUAAAAUGCUAAAUC